GGUACACAUUUGGAUACAAGUUACAGGUGGUCUAAAGUUUCACGCUGCAGCACUUUGAAAAGAAUGGCCCAGGGGAGACGAGACGAGCUCAUGGUGGACGGCGUGCUGAUUGAGGCGCUGGCAGAGGUGGCAAAGAAUGCAGCCCUCCUGCAGGGCGUCCUCAUGAGGCUGCAAGAGUCGCCCAACACAUCGGAGCUGGUGUCGUACGCGCCACUCACGCUCUUCCCCUCGCCGGUGCCCACGGCCGCAUUCCUCCAGUCUCUGGCGGUGCAAACGCACUUCAACACGCUGGUGGACAAGAUCAGCCGGGACGCCGACUUCUUGCAGGAGGCUCUAGCUAGCACCAUUGAAGUGGACGACUUCACCGCCAGGCUGUUCCGGAUCCACCAACACGUCCUGGAAGAAGGACGGGCUCAGUCCAUCGUGUUGGGUCUGAACCGGUCCGACUACAUGUUGGACCAGCAGGAGGACGGCUCGUCGUCUCUGAAGCAGAUAGAAAUCAACACCAUCGCCGCCAGCUUCGGAGGCCUCGCCUCCCGCACGCCGGACGUUCACCGACAGGUGCUCAAGGUGGCCGGGAAGCUGGAGGAGAGCCAGCGGAUCCUGGACAACAACCCGGCCAAAGGUCUGGCCGAGGCCGUGGCUAAAGCCUGGGAGCUGUACGGGUCAGAGAGGGCCGCCGUCAUGUUCCUGGUGGAGGAGAAUCAGCGGAACAUCUUCGACCAGCGCUGCAUCGAGAGCGAGCUGUGGACCAGGAACAUUCCCACCUUAAGGAAGCGCUUCGACGACGUCAGUGAGACGGGGUCCCUGGACCAGGACAAGAGGCUGUUUGUCGGCGGCCUUGAGGUCGCGGUGGUGUACUUCAGGAACGGCUACAUGCCUCAGAACUACGUCUCCGAACAGACGUGGGCGGCUCGUCUCCUGAUGGAGCGCUCGUUGGCCGUGAAGUGUCCCGACAUCAGCACUCACCUGGCCGGCACCAAGAAGGUCCAGCAGGUGCUCGCCAGACCCGGAGUCCUGGAGCGCUUCUUCCCCGACCAGCCCGGAGUCGUAGAGCAGAUCAGAGCCACGUUCGCCGGCCUCUACACGCUGGACAUGGGACCAGAGGGCGACAAAACGGUAGCGAUGGCUUUGGGAGCACCGGACCGGUUCGUCCUGAAGCCUCAGCGUGAAGGAGGAGGGAACAACAUCUACGGGUCUGAGAUCUGCCGCGUCCUGCAGGGGGCGCAGGGGAGCGCGGACCGGACCGCCUACAUCCUGAUGGACAAGAUAAGCCCCGCCCCCGUCCAGAACUACCUGCUGCGCCGAGACGGGCCGCUCAGAAUCAGCACCUGUCUCUGUGAGCUGGGCGUGUUCGGAGCAUACGUCAGGCACGGUGACGUCAUGGUGCUGAACGAGUGCGUCGGCCACCUGCUGAGGACCAAGAGCUCGGAGCACGCCGACGGGGGCGUGGCGGCGGGCGUGGCCGUGCUCGACAACCCACUGCUCGUCUGAGGGCCCGCCUCCGCGGUGCCAGACGGGUUUUCACGCCGGCCAUGUUUUUCUGUUUUUGUUGCCAUCACGUUCCGAACUGAGGCCGACUUCUCUCUGGAGAUUUAAAUUAUCUAGAAUUAAUUUUAAUCCGCACUGUUUUUCUUUUUGGGAUGUCGGGACUUCUUUUCCUGUGUAUGUGUGUAUAUAUAUAUAAAGGACUUCUUCCUCAUCCGAUGGGAGGUCAAAGGUCAGGUCGCCCUCAGAGGCAAAGCUGUGAUAUGGGGUUGUACAAAAUAAACUGAAUUCAAAUCCUGUCACUUUUUUGCCAAUUCACCAAAAAAAAUUAUACCGUAAAUGAAUUCCACAUGUAUUACCUUCGCAUUGAAAAUGCUGGAAGGUUAUGUUUUGAUCGCCAUUUAUUUAUUUGUAUGCGUGUUAUUCGCAAAUCUCAAAAAGUAUUGAACCGAAUCGCAUGAAAUUUGGUGGGAUGAUUGUUUAUUAUCCGGGGACCAGUUGAUUAGAUUUUGGGAUCGAUCGGGUCAAAGGUCAAAGGUCAUGAACAGGUCAAAAUCUUUCGCAGAACUCAAAGUAUUGAACCGAAUCGCAUGAAAUUUGGUGGGAUGAUUGUUUAUUAUCCGGGGACCAGUUGAUUAGAUUUUGGGAUCGAUCGGGUCAAAGGUCAAAGGUCAUGAACAGGUCAAAAUCUUUCGCAGAACUCAAAAAGUAUUGAACCGAAUCGCAUGGAAUUUGGUGGGAUGAUUGUUUAUUAUCCGGGGACCAGUUGAUUAGAUUUUGGGAUCGAUCGGGUCAAAGGUCAAAGGUCAUGAACAGGUCAAAAUCUUUCGCAGAACUCAAAGUAUUGAACCGAAUCGCAUGAAAUUUGGUGGGAUGAUUGUUUAUUAUCCGGGGACCAGUUGACUAGAUUUUGGGAUCGAUCGGGUCAAAGGUCAAGGUCAAAGGUCAUGAACAGGUCAAAAUGUUCUUGAAUCGCAUGAAAUUUGGUGGGAUGAUUGGUUAUUAUCCGGGGACCAUUUGAUUAGAUUUUGGGAUCAAUCGGGUCAAAGGUCAAGGUCAAGGUCAUGGAAAGGUCAAACUCUUUUUUUACCAUAGCACGAUACAUUUUUGUCCAAUUGUCAUGCAACUAAUGCCAAAAUGUUCAUAAUUCAAUGCCCAAUCUUGUGAUAUGCGAAGGUAUGCGCUCUACCGAGUGCCCAUUCUAGUUACACUAUGGGAAUGUAUGUAUGUAUAUCUUUAUAUAUAUAUAUGUAUAGGUGUGUGUGUGUGUAUAUACAUAUACACUGUAUGGGUGUGUGUGUAUGUAUAUAUAUAAAUAAGAACUUAAUGUAACAGGUAAUUUAUGUGAGGCCUGUUCAAAGUUUCUUUUCUAAUUCAUAAAUGAAGCAGCUUGCAGUUCCAUAAUCCCACCACUGGGUGGCGGUACAACCAAAGGCAUGAUUCACCCACACAGUUAAAACCACGGAGUUCAUCCAAGGUAACAGUGUUCAUGAGCACGCGCACAGAGCCCUGUGGCCUACUGACCUCUGACCUCAGGACACUUCAAUAUUAUACUUGUUUACAUCUACUGUUUAUUUACUUUAUUUUAUUAUUUUUAAUGCUGUGUUUAUUGGUAUGAAUUCUACGUGUACCGGUACUCUUCAAUCCGACCUGCGUGACCUACAGACUCUAUUUUAGUUUCCUGUAAAUUGUUUCACAAUAAAAGUCCCGCUGUUAUUCCUGCA